UAAUAAAAUAUAGUAAAUAGUACGUUUAGGGGGAGUUGGAUGGAGGGAAUGGUUGUAGAAAGCCUAAGUAAAAUUCUGGAGUCACCCUCCCAUGUUUCUGCCUCCCAAUGGUUCUGCCAACUCCCCGUCUCAUCCAUCCGAUCGAUAUCUGACGUCCGCCCCACACCCACCUCCUCCCCGCACCGCACCGCUUCCUACCCUGCGGCCCGCGCCCCACACCCACCCACUCCUCCGAGGCUCCGACGGCUCCCCUUCCCCUCGGCCCUCCCCAUCCUCUCGCCCGGCCGCGCUCUAGCCAGCCGCGCCGCCGCCUGCCGCUCUAGCCAGCUGCGCCGCCACCCUCCACCCCUGCUCUGUCCCCCGCACGCCGCCGUUGAGGGCCGGACACGCCUCUCCCCCAUCCCGCGUCCGGCCAUCGCUCUCCGGUGUCACCGCCGCCGGAGCCGCCCUGCCCCGCAGCAGCAUCGCUCCGUCCUCCCCCGCCCUUCGUGGUCGACACACGGCGCUGCGGACAAAUCUCCGCUGCACUCGCGGGCCUCCGGCCUCCCCAGCCCGUCGACGCCGCGGCCGGAACUCUACGCGCGGCCGGCUCCGCCUCCCUCUCGCUUGCCGACGGUGGUCGCCAACUCUCCGCGCGAGUUCGAUAUCCCACCGCGCCGGCGCUCCGCCAUCUACGCGCCGCAGGCAGAUCUUCGUGCGCGCGGGAGGCAGCACAGCUCCUUUGGACUCCCCCGCCCAUUGCUGCUGACGCUGCGGACGGAACUCCGCGUGCAGGGACACGUCCAGCCUCCCCCACGCCUCCCAAUUGACGCACGGCGCUGCCAGCCUCGCCCUCUCACCGGCUCUCCAGGUGAUGCUAGCGGAGCCGCCGUUGAUGGCUGUUGUUUCAGCACGACCAUAUGUGUGCUCGUAGCACAUGGCUGCUUGGGUGCUGAGCAAUGGUGCUGAGCAAUGGGUGCUGAGCAACGGGACGAAGCAGCAUCUUUGUUCUUGACGCGCUGAAAGUUCUGCUAGCAUUCAGAGAUCGCACUGGCACUCAAUACAAUACUUACAGUUUCACUUUUUCUGAUUGAUUUGGCAAAAUGCUUGUGACAUAAAUUGAACAUCUUCUGAUCUUCUCAUUAUGUUUUACAGAUAGUAUACUAUAUUCAUGGCAAAUCUAGGAGUGUCUCUGUUGUCAUCGAAUUUAUAUUGGUUGUGCUAGAGCAAAGAUAUGGCGAAUUAUAUGUUCCCUUCCAUCAGCAAGCUGCCAUUGUAGGGUCACUGUGACAUUAUAAUGUAUGCAGGCAGCAGAUGUGAAUUACAUCUAGGGCAAAGGCCAACAAGGAAAACAACAAAGAGGCUUUGGUGAAAUUUCACUACAAGGGCAUGGGUGUGGUUAGAGACAUGCUUGGUGAGAUAUUUUGCAAUUGCUGGUCUAGAUUUUCAUUUUGAAUGUUGUGAUUUGAUCAUUUCAUCAUUUUGUGCCCUCAACAUUCUUAGAUAGUGUGCUUUUGGAUGUUUUGGCGGCACUAUUUUGAUGUCUGUUUCUAUAAAAAAUGAAUGAUAUUUCUGUUGGGAGGAGAAUUCGUCAGCAAUUCAUUCAAACAUAGUAGGAGAUUGAUACAAGUACAGUAACAUUGGGAAAAA